AUGCAUUGUGGCGCCAAUCGGGCGUCAUUCAUGUGGGGCUCAUCAGAGAAGAAUACACGGAUAGAACGUACAUGGGUAGAGGUUGGAUCCCAAUUCGCCCACUGUGUAGCAUUUGUGCAGGCAUGGAACCAUUAUCCGAUUUCGGGCUCUGUGACCCAAAACCGAUCUCCUUCAGAUAUUUGCUUCGAGAGCCUUCACAAACAUGGAAUCGAUGAAGAUCAACCCAGAGUUCACCCGACCGUUCUUGACCAAUACUAUGGCGUAGAAGUUCUACCACACCAUCACCACCCAGGUCAGACUGGUGCAGGUCAUCCAGAUGAUGAAGAUGAUGAUGCUGUUACCAUUGACAAUGAAGAGUUGGAGUAUACUGAGCAUCUGAUCGGCGACGAUCUGGAGGAAAGUAUCCGACACGACACCAUUCCUGUUCCUCCAAAGACAUGUCCAUUCUCUCCUACAUCCUUAGAUGUAUUCCUCGCCACCCUGAGUGAAGUGCAGGAGCAAGGCAUUGUGCCUGAUGGAUAUGGCCUUAAGACCGAGGAGUGGGAGGAGACAUUUUAUCCCUUGUCGGAGACUAUAAUGUUCGGCGUAGGUGGGAAAAAGAAGCUGAAUGUUAUACUCUCUGUUGAUUUAUGGUGGCAAGGAGCUCUGGCUUAG